AUGGUAGGCAUCGAUGCAAGAAAUAAACAUAUUCUUGAUAUAAAACAUAUCUGUUCUGUGUGUUCAUUGAUAUUACGAGAUCCGAUACAACUGAUUGAAUGUGGCCAUCGAUAUUGCCAAACAUGUUUCAAUGCUGAACAAGCAACGACAAUUAAAUGUCGACAAUGUCAAUCAGAAACAUUACGAAGCGAUAUACAGCUCGAUCGAGGCUUCAAAAAUGAUAUGAAAUCUCUAGUCAUUGAUUGUUCUUUUUGCCAAUGGACUGGUGUCUUAAAUAACUAUCAAGGACAUCUCGAUCAGUCUCAUUCAAAUGUCAAAUGUGAAUAUUGUAGCGAACAGUUCAAUUCAGUUAACACAUUCAAUGAACAUAAAGUCUUCGAAUGUCAACAACUGAUUGUUGACUGUAUAUUGAAAGAUUUUGGUUGUAAUGAACGAAUUAUUCGUGUUAAAAUGAAAGAUCAUUAUUUAACUGAACAACAUCAACAUGCUCUACUCAAAGUUGUUCGUCACAUGUUACCGCAAUUGAACGACAGACAAACGGAUAUUGAUCUUCCUCGAACAACAACAGCAGGAGCUUUAAAUCCUGCUACAGCUCAAUUAGAAGAGCUUUAUGAAAUGCUCAAUAUCUUGGUAAGUGGUAUCGAGACAUUGAACAAUGAUGAACAACAUUUAGUCAAUGAGUCACUUCAAAUGCAAAUGAUACUUCCAACAUUGACAGAAGAAUUAUCGAAAGUUAAAUUAUCUAUUGAAGAGUCAAACGCUUUUUUCGAGGGAGUCAAAUGUAAUCAAGACAUUCUCAAUCAAGAUUUAGUAUCAUUACAAGAAAAAAUUAAUGAUUUGCAGUAUGUUUCAUAUGAUGGAUCAUUAGUUUGGAAAAUAACAAACUUUCGAGAGAAAAUGAUUGAUGCACAGUCUGAAAGACAAACAUCAAUUUAUUCACCUCCAUUUUAUUCAUCUCCAAAUGGUUAUAAAAUGAGAGCUCGUCUUUAUUUAAAUGGUGAUGGAAAUGCUCGUCGAACACAUAUUUCACUCUUUUUUGUGCUUAUGCGAAGUUUAAAUGAUCCAAUUCUCAAAUUUCCAUUCAAAUAUAAAGUCACAUUUUGUUUGUACGAUCAAACGUCUGCACAACGACAUAUUAUUGAUUCAUUUCGACCAGACAUUAAAUCAAGUAGUUUUCAGCGACCUCGUUUGGAAAUGAAUAUAGCUAGUGGUAUACCGAAAUUUUUCCCAUUGGAAGCGAUUCAACAGGAGGGAAAUCCAUAUGUAAGAGACGACACAAUGUUUAUCAAAAUUAUGGUUGAUUUUGAAGACAUACCCAAAACAUUAUUGCCCUAUGCUUUGAGUCUGAAUCCUGGUCUACCAAUGCAUAUUCAACAAGAAAUGAUCAAGGAAGAAGCUAAACGAAGAACACAAUUAUGA